AUGAAGCUGAUUGGUGAUUUCGAGAAGGAAUUAGCAAAGUCCUUUGAUAUGAAGGAUGUGGUCCCGGCGAAAAAAAUUUUGGGCAUGCAGAUCAUGCGAGACCGAAAAUCUAAGAUGUUAUGGUUAUCGCAAGAACGUGCAAAUAAAUUCUUGAGCUUCGGUAAAGGAAAACCAGUUUGGGAAGUUGUGAAGUGGAUCUUAAGGUACCUAAAAUGCAGUGCAAAUAAAUUCUUGAGCUUCGGUAAAGGAAAACCAGUUCUUGAAGGUUAUAUAGAUGCGGAUAUGGAAGGUGACUUGGAUAGUAGAAAAUUUACUUUAGGGCUUGUGUUUACGUUUGCAGGAGGAGCUGUAUCUUGGCAAUCUGAAUUACAGAAAUAUGUUGCCUUGUCGACUACUGAAGUCGAGUACAUUGCAAUGACAAAAGCAAGAAAAGAAAUGAUUUGGUUGAAGAGGUUUCUUCAACAAUUGGGAAAGAAGCAGAAAAGGUACGAUAUCCAUUGCGAUAGUCAAAGCGCAUUGGAUUUAAGUAAGAAUGUGAUGUAUCACUCUCGUACGAAGCACAUUGAUGUUAGAUAUCAUUGGCUACGUCAAGUAGUGGAAGAACAACAGUUCAAGUUAGAAAAGAUUCACACUGAUGAAAACCCUGCUGACAUGAUGACGAAAGUUGUAACAGGGGGAAAGUUUCAUCUUUGUCUCGAGUUGAUAGGCAUAAUAUGCAUGUAA